AAACCUUAACCAAUCCACACAGUUGCACUAUAAAACAUGAGUUCCCAUGCAAAAUCUUCAACAACACUUAUCAUUCUUAUCAACUACAAAAACAAAAAAAAAAAGAACCAAUGGCUCGACCAAUCCCGGACCACCUUCUACCCGGUGCAUCACACCUAAGCCUAGCCAUCGGCUCGAUUUUCUUUUGCGCAUUCACAUUGUUCAUGUGUGCUGGUCAUUCCGGAAAAUGGGUUCACCGUUUAAAAGCUUGCUAUAGUUACGAUUAUGAAGAACCCGUCAUACAGCUCAACAAUGGAGGCGUGACUCGUGCGUUUCAAAGUGACGACGAAAAUGAAGAAGAAGAAGAGGAAUCUGUUUGGCAAAAGAAUAUACUUAUGGGCGGAAAGUGUCAACUACCGGAUUUUUCGGGGGUCAUAAUCUAUGAUGCUGAAGGAAAUAUUGUUCCGCCUAAACCAAGGCUUCUUGCUCUUACCUGGAAAUAGACGACGAAAAUAUUCAAUAAAAUGAAUUAAUAAAGUGUCGAACUCGAAUUAUUAGCUUUUAAUUACGCGCAUUUUGUGUUGAAGAUGUUAGUACAAAUCGAAAUUUGUUGUUUU